CGCUCGAUGCCACGGUCCCCAAAUGGAGAGAAAUAAGCAGGAGAAAAGUGGACGUUUAGGCCAAAAGGUGGCGACGCCGUCCUGGUAGCAAAACCUUGCAAAAGACAAGCGAGUUGCCAGGAAAGUUUUGGCGACGCAAAGCUCUGUGAAAGAACGAUGGCGUCCUGCGAGGAGCAAGUUUGUUGUUUUCGAGACGAGACCGAGUGGCGACCACAACUGCAAAAUGCUGCUGGGACGAUGCUGCACAAAAAUGAUGUACACCGGCUGGUUGGUCAUCGAGAAGAACUCGCCCCUCAGCCACAGGAGGGGAGCUCCCGUUUAGAGGGGCCCCACCAAGAACACAAAAAGGGUCCAGCCAACACCCUCAUGAAAUAUAAAGAGGAGGAUCCAGAGCUCUUCCACAUGAAGGAGGAAGAGGAGGAGACCGAUGUCAGCAAGAUGCGCCUGACUGUCGUCCCCGUGAAGAGCGACGACAGCGCACCCGAGUCGCCUCAGCUUUGUUGCCGCCUUGUAAGACCCCCGCCUGACAAACUCUCUGCGCCGCUGUCAGACAGCGACCACGUGGAAGACGGGAAGGACGCAGACCGCGGAGGUGACGACAAAGCGUUGAAAUCCUUCGACAAGAAGACCGCUGGCAGCUGCUCAUAUUGUGAUAAAACCUUUGCUCAAAAUGGACCUCUGAUAAGACACAUGCGAACACACACGGGAGAAAAACCCCACAGUUGCGCCGUUUGCGGCAAAGGAUUUACCAAUAAAUCCGACAUGGUUCGACACAUGAGAACGCACACGGGAGAAAAACCUUUCAACUGCUCACUGUGCGAGAAAAAAUUCUCUCACAAGGAAAGUUUGGUAGCACACGUGAGAACACACACUGGAGAGAAACCCUUCAUUUGCUCCGUUUGUGGUAAGACAUUCACUCAAAAUUCAAGCAUGGUAGCGCACAUGAGGAUACACACAGGGGAGAAACCCUACAGUUGUUCAGUGUGUGGCAAACGAUUCAUUCUGAAGCCAAACAUGGUGUCGCACAUGAGGACACACUCGGGAGAAAAACCUUACGGGUGCUCGCUGUGUGAUAAAACCUUCUCUUUCAAGUCUUGUGUGGUAACACACAUGAGAACGCACACGGGAGAAAAACCUUUUCGUUGCUCCUUGUGCGGCGAAAGAUAUGCUCAGCGGGCCAAUUUGACCGCACACAAGCGGAUACAUCACACAGAGUGAACGUUUGCAGAUACGCCUUCUUCCUCAUUGGAUAUCUACACGUCGGAUAUAUUUAGUGAUGUACCUCUCAUCGUUUUUGACACUGGAAAAUUGCAAGAGUGACUCUGAUUCGUCAAAAGUCUGACCAAGACAAUGGCCGAGUUGUCUUGAGGAGGUGACCCAAAGGACCAAAAGGAAGAAAAAAGUGUUUGUCACGGAUUACAUUGAACAUUGUUUUAUAUUGUCUCUUUAAAAGUUCAAAAUGUCUCUCCAAAUCAAGCUAAAAGAAGAAGCACGUUUGUUUCAAGCCUCUGUAGAAUCACGUUUAAAUGCGACUGAUCAUUUCUUUCAUUGCUUGAUUGGCUGCACUACAUCUUAUGUCAGUUCGCCAAGUCCUGACAUUUGUUUUCCCCACACUCGUGAAUAUUUGAUGUAAACAUUUGUAGUUGAACAUGGAAGCCACAUUCAACAAAAAUGAAAUGGUCAUAUAAAACCUGACAAAGGCAGCAGCUUCAGCAGAGAACCCCAGACUUUCUUCUCUCCAGAUACUUCCAAUAAAAACAACCGCAUUUGAACUUCA